AUGCCGGUCCACUCUCCUCUCACGAAGUUCGACUACUUUCCCGACUACCUCCAAAAUCUGAAGGGAUACCUGUUAAAGAUUUCGUGUCCCGCGAUCGCAUCGCGGAUCGAGGUGCGACCGCCCCGCGAAGGUGCGAACAACGCUUUGAGAGGGAUGUUUAAAACGCUGCUGGAUGACUUUCUCAUGCUGAAAUUUAACUUUACGUACAACGCUUUCACCGCCGUUGGGGGUGGGGGUACCGGACUCGAGUUGGAGAAUGGAACCUGGAUCGGCACUGUGGGAGACCUUGUUUCUGGCCGGGCAGAUGUCGGACUUGACUCAUCGAGAACGCCAAAGCGAGUAAAAGUUGCCUCCUUCUCGGACUCCUUUUUCGACGCGAGCUACCUCAACUUUAUCACAACGGAGGGGAAGCGGGUCUUCUCGGCGACCGCGUUUCUAGGCUCGUUCGACCUUUUCAUGUGGACCUGCAUCGCCAUCUCGACCCUGGUGGGGUUCCUGGUAUUCAAAAUUAUUACCCGCUCCAUGACCGAGCUAGGAAUUGAUGACGGGGACGCGAUGAGUUUCGCGAGGCGGGGAAUUGUAAGCCAGGAAAGUUGGGGGAUUCAAUAUCAGGUAUUUUUCAUGGUGGCGAGCUACCUCGACCAAGACGCUGUCCUCCCGCGGUUCACCCCGUUAAGGUGUUUCGUCGCGCUGUGGCUCUUUUUCACCUUGGUUAUCACGACCGUUUAUCGAUCAAAAAUGGUGAGCCUCCUCGCCUUCCCCAUUUUGGAAGAAGUUCCCCAAACUUUCGAACAAUUGGUAGCUUCCGACUACCAAGUCGGUUUCAUUAAGCAUGGCGACUCUGCCUAUAACACGUUGAAGGCCUCGACGGACAAGGUGUACGUGAAACUCUUGGAGGGAAUGGAAAUCAUCACGGGGAACGGGUUGGAAUGUUUGGAAAGAGCCGUGGCGAAAAAAUAUGCCUGCAUUGCCUUCGCAUUCUCCACGAUUUAUCUCAAAGCGAGAAAUUUAUCGGACUCGGAUAUCUUCGUACCCAUCGUUUUCCAAGGGGGCUCCAUCUACAAGGAAGGUUUUGAUCGCUGGAUGCGCUGGACGCGGCCCUUUCACCUCGCCGAUUUAUGGGAGGCACAAGACAUGUACUACAACGUGCGCCUCCCGAAGCUCGCCUGGUGGCGGGAAACGAAUCAAACCGACAAACUGGAACAUUCCUACGCCGAGGGGAGUGACGACCUCACCUUGAAACAUAUUUCCGGCGCGUUCUACGCCCUCGCAGGCUGUCUGCUCAUCUCAACGGGCGUUUUUAUCCAGGAGUUGGUGACUUAUUAUUGGAAGCGAAUAAAAGUUCGACCUUACAAUAAUCGGGAGAUAAGGGCACAAAAUGAAAUUGAAUGUAUGAAUGAUGUUUAA